CAAGGGAGAAAAACCACACAACAAUUCCCUCGAAUAUUAUAGUAAAGAUUAGAAAAAAAUAGUUAACCAAAGUUGAGAGAUGGCAGAUGUUAAGUUGCUUGGUCUAUGGUAUAGCCCUUUUAGUCAUAGAGUUGAGUGGGCUCUAAAGAUCAAGGGUGUUGAAUAUGAAUACAUAGAAGAUGAUCUACAUAAUAAGAGUUCUCUACUUCUUGAAUCCAAUCCAAUUCACAAAAAAGUUCCAGUACUAAUUCACAAUGGCAAGCCACUUUGUGAGUCAAUGGUAAUUGUUGAAUACAUUGAUGAGACAUUUGAAGGCCCUUCCAUCUUACCUAAAGAUCCUUAUGAUCGUGCUAUAGCUCGUUUCUGGGCUAAGUUUCUUGAUGAUAAGAUGCCACCAGUAGGGAAAAGUUUCUUUUUGAAAGGAGAGGAACAAGAGAGAGCUAAAGAGGAAGCUUAUGAGAUAUUGAAAAUUCUUGAUGAUGAGUUAAAGGACAAGAAGUUAUUUGUUGGUGACAAAUUUGGAUUUGCUGAUAUUGCUGCUAAUUUUAUGGGAAUUUGGGUUGGAGUUUUUGAAGAAGCCUCAGGACUUGUUUUGGUCACAAGUGAAAAAUUUCCAAAUUUAUGUGCUUGGAGAGACGAAUACAUCAAUUGUAACGAAAACAAGAAAUAUUUACCUCCAAGAAAUGAAUUACUUGCCCAUUUCCAAGCUCGCUUUCAAGCUGCUCCGAAAUAAACACUAUUACGUAAAAUAAUUAAUAAAUAGAAUAACAAUUAUACUGUAAGAAAGCAAAAAAAACUAUAUUUUCGUAUUUUGUCAUAUGAUUGUACUAGAUAUAUUAUUACUAUUUUUAUGUCUCUAUCUUUCUUUUUAAUAGAAGUGUGGUGUUAUUAUUGCUGGUUA